UGAGCUGCACGCUAUCGAUUAUUUGGUACUCCGCCUGUUGCCACCACUAGUUGAAAUUCGCUCUCUGUAAUUUGUAAUAAAAACUUGUUUUUAGCCCAAUCACUUGUUAUUUACUCGGCCGCAAAAUGAUGGACGGCACGGAUGACUCAAAUCUGCUAAACAGUCCCUCCACCAACAAUGGAGCCACAUUGGAAAUCGCCUCGCCCACGAAUCCACUUGCCAAUCCACCAGCAACAGGCGGUGCACCCGCAUCAAGUGGAGCUACAAAUGGCAGCGGAUCCGCCACAUCGCCGGAUAGCUCCUCUUCAGCCCCGGCCACGCCGGCAGUUCUAGGCGAAAACGCCCUCCACGUGGAGAUCUCCGAUGCUCUCAGCGAAAAGGAGAAGGUGAAAUUCACCGUGCACACCCGCACCACACUACCGGGAUUCUCGAAAAAGGACAAUAACGUAGUGCGCCAGCACGAAGAAUUCGUCUGGCUGCACGACCGAAUUGAGGAGAAUGACGACUAUGCUGGCUACAUUAUUCCGCCCUGUCCACCUCGUCCGGAUUUUGAUGCCUCCCGGGAGAAGCUACAGCGCCUUGGCGAAGGCGAGGGCAACAUGACCAAAGAGGAGUUCAAAAAGAUGAAGUCAGAGCUGGAGGCUGAGUACCUGGCCACCUUCAAAAAGACGGUGGCCAUGCACGAGGUGUUCCUGCGCCGCCUUGCUAGUCAUCCCGUCUUUCGCGUUGAUCAACACCUGAAGGUUUUCCUCGAAUACGACCAGGAUCUGUGCGCUAAGCCACGCAAGAAGAUGGCCAUUUUUGGAGGCUUUGUCAAGUCCUUGGGCAAGACCACAGACGAGAUCUUGUUAAGCGCCACUGUUCGGGAUGUGAAUGACUUCUUUGAGAACGAACUGCAGUUCCUUACCGAGUACCACGGACACUUGCGCGAGGCCGCACUCAGGACGGAGAAAAUGACGCAACGCCACAAGGAUGUCGGCGACUCGCAUCAGAAGAUUUCUAAUGCGUUGACGCAACUCUCGACUACGGAAAAGGGCAAUAUGGAGACGUUUGUGGCCAAGACAGCGGAGAUAUUCGAAAGGAUCAAGAAUCUGGAAACCCGAGUGGCCAGCGAUCAAGAUCUGAAGCUGGGCGACACUUUGCGCUACUAUCAGCGGGACAGCGACGCUGCCAAAGCUCUUCUAAUCCGACGACUGCGGUGUUUGGCCGCUUAUGAGACGGCCAAUAGAAACCUGGAGAAGGCUCGCUCGAAAAACAAGGAUGUUCAUGCGCCGUUGGAGGUGCAAGAGGCUGAGACUGCCCAGGCGGAGGCCUGUGAAAAGUUCGAAUCUAUGUCUGCAUGUGGAAAAGAGGAGCUGAUCGGUUUCCGCAACCGACGGGUAGCUGCUUUUAAGAAGAGCCUCGUCGAACUCUCAGAACUGGAGAUCAAGCAUGCCAAGACCCAGUAUGAAUAUAUGCGCCAAUCGCUGCUAGCGCUCAAAGAGAUUGCCUGAGACGGGGAGCCGGAAGUGGACAAGGAAUAGAAGAUGAGUCACCCGCACAUUGUUUACACACCCCAUUGAAACGCACGCCUCAUCGAUUACACAGCCCCCGGGAGACGAAGUAAAUCAAUUGUUUAAUUGCUAAGCAAACAGUUUAUUAUUGCACAGGCCAGAUCGAGUGCAACAUUAUUAUCUUAGCCCACGUAUUAUAUUAACGAAUAUUCAUUUGUUUUGUGAACAGAGCGCUUUUAUAUUUGUCAAACAAGCAUUCCUCUCUAAAGCAUAAACUACAACUAUAUUGUAAACACUUGCAUUUGAAGCAGAAUAUAAACGAGAAAUAUUGUACAGAA